AACAACAGUUCAUCGAUAGCUUGAUCAAUUCACCAAUCCAAGCCGCAGAACAACAGCUUAUCAAUAGCUUGAUCAAUUCGCCAAUCCAGAUCGAAGAACAACAGUUUACCGAUUGCUUGAUUAAUUUACCAACAGAACAGCUACUCAUUGAUGCCUUAGCUAAUAUCACGGACAAUACUUUAACAACUGUUUUUAAUAACCAACUCGGAAUAUUUAAUCCAGAAUGCUUAAAUACUUCCGACAUUUUUUCGAAUGAACUCUGUAACAAUCAGUUAAUUUCAUCCAACUUUCCUGAUGACUCACAAGCAUCGAUGGAUUUCAGUGAUUUAUAUUAUUUCUAA